AUGACUUUCCGAACGAUCGCGCAAACCGAAUUACGGGCGUGGAGCCUUCGGCGCGUCGGAAGAUUUUGCCGAAAGACGCGCGCGACGGGUCGCGUGCAAUGUCGCGCGGGCCCCGCGUGGGUAACGCGCGCGGCCCGUCCCUGUCGCGGUAAUGUGAUUUCGACGCGGCGGCGGUUUUCCCGUUUGCGUUCAUUUCCGGGACCGCGCGCGGUGUUUCCGGGGCCUCGGUCGCGCCGCGGCGAAACACUCCGAGACGGCCGAAGACGCGCCGCGUUUCCCGUAAUUUUUUUCGCUCCCCGUUCGAGUUAUCCGUUUAGCGGCAACGGCGCCUGUGUAAAUCCGCAUUAUACAGCGGGCAUACGCGCGCAGCAGUGCAGGUGUACCCAUCAAUUUUUUUCUUAUCUUUUAUUUUUUUCCCCCGAGAAUAUACGUCGUGUUAACGUGCGGGAUCAUAUUUUGUAUUUCCCGUACGGUUUAUGCCUGUACCUCUACACUGUUUAUAGGGAAAUAAAUAUACCGAUUAGCAAUGUCGUUGUAUUAUUCCGUACGUUUCUAAAUUCAUCGGUUUGGUGGUCAGCCGCUGGAUUAGCAUGUUCCUAAUUAUACCGUAGAUAUAGCAAAUCCGCAGGAGGGGAUAUAGUCAAACGGAUUCUCUUAUCAGCGAUCCACUAAUUGUUGGCCGGUUGAUAAUAAAACCACAGUUGGAUUUGUUCGCGCGAAAAUUCACUGAUAUGAAUAUAUUUGAUAAAGUUAAUUAAUUCAUAACUUUAUAUUAAUUUAUCUUUCUAGUUCAUCGUGUGUUUUUUCGUGCAUUUUAAUCUUUCAGAAAUUAGAUGUAUUAAAAUAUACAGAUGUUUACAAAAUGGAAAUCCGAUAUCUAGAUAUUGUGUUUGUAUACAUACUUUAGAUAUAAAUAACGUACAGACUUCAUUUUAAACAAUUAACACUUACUUUACUUAAAUAUAAGCAAUGAACUUAAUGAUUCAUGUUAAUAGUUGAUAAGAUAAUAAUUGUGGUUCGAGCGUAUUAACAAAAAAGGCGUUCCUAUAAGUUCCUAUCAAUCCGCCGAACAAUCUGCUACAUCAGUAGAUGAAUUUAGGAACAUACAAAUUAUCCAUUUGAACGAUCAAAAUUAAAAAGACGGUGCACGUGAGUGAGCCACUGUUGUGGGUGAGGAGUCAGGAAGGUAGUAGAGGAGAAAUUUAACGUAUAUCUGCACGCGACGAUUAACCGUUGCAAACGAAAAACGAUUCUGAUUAAAGUUCGGUUAACAAUAUAUAUUGUAUAAUAUUAUGAUAAAAUAAUUAAAUGUGUAUUAAAAAUUGUUUUUAGUAAUAUUUAUUUAAUAUUGUACUAUUUCCCGUUUUUCCUACAUUUUUUCCCAUUUAUUAGGAAAACUGGGAAUAUAAAAAACACCACCCUAAAGUACUACCCCAGUCAGAUUUCCUUUUAGAAAAAACGCUAUCAUUGUAAAUGGGAGCGAAAUUGCUUGUGAAAUUGCUAGUAGAAAAGUUCUCCACAGAAAAAAAAAUUGCGAUGGAUAGUUAAUGACGUGUAAUACAAUAAAUAAUGUUAUUAAUAUUUUUUCUAGUUCAACGAACGAAAUUCAUUGUACACGGGAAUAAAUGAAAACGGCUUAGUGGAUGUAGACAGCAAGCGAAAUGACGUAUUCGACGUUCCCCAACAAACGGGUAAGUUUUCCAGUGGCAAACGACAUUUAACAAAUAUAUUUUUAACAUUAUUACGUUUCAAAUAUACAGAUAACGUUUACGUACAUUUAUCAAGCAAACCGAUUAGCCAAAUGCUAGAAAACUGGAAUCAAGAAGGUAAUUAUAUAAUAUAAACAUUAUUUCGAUAAUAUAUUAGACUUUACGUUGAUUUACUCUCAUAAUAUUCCUAAAUAUGCAAUGGUAUUUCUUAAACUUCUGACGCAGAAAAAAAUUACGUGUUGGGUUUUCGGAGGAGAUUCAUAAGUAAGGCUCGGGACUUGUUGCACAUAAAAUCCACAAAAAAGCACUUAAAAUCGUUAAAAAGCCUCAGAAAAUUGCAUUUGAAAAAUAUUAUUAUUAAGGAGUAAAAAUAAUACCUUUCAGACCUGGAAUUAAUUUUUUGAGUUAGAUUUUUUUCCUUUAUCAAUAUUUAUAAUAAUGGGUUGCUUUUUUAGACAAAACAAUUUUUUUUUACUGAAUGUUUUACUAAGUUAUUAACAUGUCCUCAGUAGAGGACAUCAAGCAUUUACGGAGUUUUAACUUAAUAUUAUUUGUAUUAAUUUUAGUGAAGAAUUGACGUUUGUAUACUUAUUGAUUACUCUAAUAUCACGAAGGAAAAAAAUAUCAGAUUUUUAAAGUCAAAUUUUCAAUUGUAAAUUGCACAUUUUUACUGUCUGUGACAAUCAAAAAUGUCAUAUCAAUAUUUUUCAAAAACGUGAUAAGAGUUACGUCCUUCAUUUUCUGAUUUUUGUAAACUACAUAAUCUAUGGGUAAUAUGGCGUGCAAUUUUAAAUUGUGAUAAAUAACACUUAAAAAAAUGUCCUUCUCAUGGGACAUCAUAUGUGAAAGGGUAUACAUCGCAUAGGUAUCUAACGUGAAAUAAUUUAAUUGCACUGACGCAAAAAAUGUAUUUGAUUUUACGGCGUGACGGUUAAUCGCUUUAAGUACUUUUUGCAACUAUAUAUAUUAUAUAAUAUCGGUACUAAAACUGUACGUAUACGGCUUAAUAUAUAUUUCCGUUCAGGAAAGUUACAAUGUAUACCUUACCUAUAAAUACAUACCUUGUCUGUACUUUAGGAAGACUAAUUUUAAGUUUUAUUUUAAGGGAUGAAUAAAAUAUAAUACGAUGUCCGGACAAUAUAUAUACUUACUGCACGUCAUUUGGCGACGACGAUGCAGCAAAGCGUCUUUGAAACGAGACAACACUGCGCUUCGGUGUCUUGCUGUGAACCCUUUAAGUAGAAUAUUUUAGCGGGGGGUAAAUCGUUUUCGUUUUGUGUUUUCUUUUUCUUCCUAUCAUUGUAUUUUAUGUUUUCGAUUUAAAAGACCUUUGAUCAUCGUAUCACAUACAAACAUAAUAAUAUGACAUAUAAUAUGUUGAAAAAUCGUAAGAAGUCAGAAAUAUUAACGUAAUUGUACGCGUAUAGAUAGUUACAUUAUAUAAAUAUAAAGAAAAUAUGGAUAUGAUUUUUUUUUUUCACGUGACAGUUUGAUCGUGUGCUUUAUUCACUUUUUACAUAGUAAUGUAUACGAUUACUACACCGCCCCUAUAAUACUCUGCCGUAUAUCUACUACUGGACAGUUACCUAUAUGUCUUAUUACUUCGAAGUCAGUAACUAUUACGUAUAUAUUUUAUGGGAGAAACCUACAUUUUUAACGUUUUACCACAGAUAUAUAAUAUGUGAUACCUAUAUGUAUAAUAAAGUUAACUGGUGAAGUCACUAUAUCCGCCAUUUUAGUCGAGCUAGCGUGUUAAAUUUUUUGCGUGUAUACACAGUUAUAUUAUUAACCUAACCUAACUGAGUAGAUUAAAAUAAAUAUAAUAUUUUACCUAAAUCGGUGUAAUCUGUACGAGUGUAUAACCUGUUAUUACGAUAUUUUAUUGUUUUUAUCUACAAUUAUCACUACCCUAGUAAACUAGAGUCAAAAUUCACGUGUUUCAAACUACAAUCUCAAAAAAUAUAAGGAUAAAAUUAUAAGGACUGAAAUCUUAACUUUUGAUGGUGGUUUGAAUUUAUUAUCCUAAAUUAGACUUAAACAAAACGUAUUUUGGAUUCUGUUAUUGUACAGAGAAAUUCUAACUCAGUUUUUUUCGAUUUCUAAAAAAUAUGAUUUUUGGAACACUUGAGUUCCCAUACUCACUUGUUUGUGCACAAAAAGAUCGUUCGAUAUUGAAGUGAUUUGUAAUUGUGACUUUAUUUUCAGGGACCGAUAAAAAUCGUUACGAAUAAGUAAACACGAAAAAUAUUUUAAACAAAUUUGUUAUAAGUCUACAAAUGCUGGUAUACAUAUGUAUAAAAUAUAACGAUAGAAAUUAUACAAACAAAUACAAAACAAAAUACAUUUUGUAUUAUGGAUUUUUUUUUUUUUUUAAUGGAACAAAAUAAUAAUCAAUAAUGUAUCCUCUGCAAAUAAUACACUGCGCAAAAGUGCACCGCGGAAAUCUCUUAACGGAUCAUUUUGUUAUAAUUGUGUUAUACACGGUCACGGUUGCCAUAUUAUGUAUAUGUAUAUACGAUAAUGUACUGAUGUGUGUACUCUGUUGUAAAUAAAAGGGUAGUAGGUCGUCCCGUGAAAAAUCUACGCCGAAUUAGCCCUCGGUCGUGAACCGUGGGGUCAGAUUUAUGAGUCGGAAAACGUACCGAGGGCAGCUGAUGCUUAACGAGGGCUUUUUGAUAUUGAAAAUUUGGCAAUCAUUCAUAUCACUCCGGACUCGCGCCUAUAACAAAUAACAAUAACUAUAAUAUACCUACUGCAGUAAUAUUACAUCGCCACAAAAGCAACCCUCGAGAAAACGAAACGGUUUCUUGCAAUAGUGUAUUGAAACGAAAUUCAUGUAUAUCUAAUCAGUAUUCGGCCAAACGGAAUCGCGAAAUGAUAAUCGUCGUAUAUCCACUAAUAUUGAGUUCUUUUCCAGCGCCAAAAUCAAAUACGCAAUGAAAAAUCGAAAUAUUAAUAUUAUUUACGUUUUGUACUACUAUAAGCGUAUUGGAUUGUCGAAUGUUUUAUAAGCGAAAACAAAAUCAAAACAAUUUUAUUUUAUUACAUUUUUACCGUACAUUUUUGUUUAGACCGCACCAUGGUUUACCAACAUAAUUCAAUGAAAUCGGAUUUAAGAUCUUCAGACUGUUGCGGUAGGUCCACACGAUAUUUCACCGAUCAUUAUUAUCCUCAUUCGCCGACCAACUUCAGGUAAUAUAGAAAAUAAUAAAUUGUUUAUUAAAAAUAAUAAAAUAAGUGUUGCAAAAUUUUAGCGGUUGAAAAAAAAAAAAAAUUAGAACCUGCUAUAUAUACAUUAAUAAUAAAGGAAGUGUUUGUGCGCGAUUCGUAGUCCCAUCUAUAUUACACGUCGUAAAAUGUACAUACAGAAAAAGAUUUCUAUAAAAUUCAACCCUGAAAAGGUUGCUGACAGUGUUUUCGGUAUUUUUGAAACAAAAAUCGAAUUAUUUUUGUUGAUUUAUUGGUUACCUUGGUGACAUGGAUAUAUCAUAAUAAAAUAAAAUCGUAUUAUAUCUGAUUUUACACGGGUGAGAAACUGAUAAAAACAAAAAGAGAGACAGAGAUGACACGGGAAGUUACAGUAAAGUGAAUUUAAUGUAUCUUAUCCCGUGCUCCGAAUCAGUCUUACAUCUGUCACCAUAAAAAAAAAAAAUCAAUUUUCGUAUUAUAAAUACCGAAAUUCCUGUGUGGCCAUUCUUUAGGAGUUGAAUUUCGGAAAUUCGGUCUCGAGGUGUACACACAGAUGGCCGUUCAUAAGCUUCUGUGUGAAAAUGAUCAGUCCUCUGCAUUUGUGCGGUACAUUCAGAUGUGGACUGUACACCGACACGCAAAUCCUACCUUUUAUUGUCAUAUAAAUAGAAGAUAUUAUAAUCAACCAUAAAAUUUAAAAGAUAAAUUAUGUUGUAUACAAAAAUAUAUACAAAAUAUGAUAUUUAUGAAAAUGUCGAAAAACUGUGAGAAAGAAUCCGUUUGAAAUUGUUCAAACGGCGGUCGUGGUUGUGAAAUUAUUAAUUUGUAUGUCAUAUAUUAUAUUAUGAUUAUAAUUCAUAUUGUAUAUACUGCACUGUUCGAAAUAAUUAAGUCCAUGAAUAGGGCACGCCUGCACCACACCGCUGUGUGCAUUUCAAUUUUUAAUACAAAGGGUUAAACGGUCGCUCGUCAUAAGCUACUUGGACCCUUUCCAUUCCCUUAAAUUAUUAACUUGAUAAUUAUUUACGGGCUUCUCGUUUGUUGGCUUUUCAAAAGAUUAUUUAAAACCCACACCACCGACCCGCGCGAACCUCUCAGAAGAAUCGUGUAUAAUCCUCUUUCUGCAAUUUGUUGUAUUUCAGUAUAGUAUACACUAUACUGUUAUUACAUAUUAUUUAGGUACACCGCCACCGUGCUAUUAUAAUUACAUAUCGAUAAACAUCUUACGGCUUGCACUUAUAGAUACCGUUUACUCAUCAAACACACUAUGAUGUCCCGUAUGUAACUAUAGGUAUUCCAAAUUCUAUAAUACUACGGCUAUACAUUAGGGUAGUUUACAAACGGACUUAGAGAAUGUUUUUCGAAAAGUCACAUCCCUACCAUUGAUAAUUAUUCCCUAUAUUAUUGAAUUUUAUGUUUCCAAGAUUUUUUUUUUUUUUGGGCCUUCACAAACCAAUCGGCUUAUUCAAUUAAUAUUAUCAUAUUCCUUCACUGCAGUUCAUAAGUUUAACACAAGCUGGUUUAUGUACUAAAUGUUUUAUUAUAUUACUGUAAUAUAGCUGUAAUACAUGGAUUUUUUUUUUUCUAUAGAAGUCUAGCCACGAGAAAUUUGUAUUGCGAUUAUUAUGACCCGCACAAGAAAGAUCCAGAAUCCAAGUAUUACGGACAGGACGCGAACGGUAACGCUACUAAAUACACGACACAAGGCAAGUAUAAUAACUCUUAUCGAAAACUAUUAUAUAUCAAUAAUAAUAUAUACCCGAAUGAGAGAAUUUUUAAUUAUUAAAACUUAGAACACGCUAAUACACGGUCUACUAAAACUUUACCAAGCUUGGUAACAAAUAAUAGUUCUCAAACAUUACUUAUACCUACAUAAUACGGCUCAACUUAACUCGCUUUAUUCGUGCGGAAUUCUGAUUUUUAAUUUAAUUUUUUAACCUUUAGACAGAUAUCCGUAUACCUAUGUAUACGUUUAGAAUACAUGCAUAUAUUAUAGGGACAUCGAAAGUAUACUGAUAAUAAAAAUUCCGGUCACGAAGACGAUCUCUCAUCGAUAUGCGUUAUUAUAA